CAAAUUUUGCAACGUAUUAUCGACCCAUACUUUAUAAGUAGGGCAGAAUGUUUGUGUCUGUUUUUUAUUCAUUUCGCGUUAUCAUUAGGUCAUAAUGCAAUUGAAAUAUCGGAAACGCCCUUUAUUACUUUCUAUGCUACGUGUUGUACUGAGCGGUGUCCGUUUUAAAUAUAAAAACUGUUCUGUAUAAUUUAGUCGGCAUUUUACCUUCCAAUUAGCAAGUAUUAAUUAAUUUAAUAUUACUAAUUAAAUUGCCCGGUUGCAAUGACUAAACAGCACUAAAAUGGCAAGCGAGAGCAGUUCCGCAGUAUUAGACCUAAAUGAUGACCCGACUGAAGAUACGGAUGCACCAAGUGUCACUGAAGGCACACAGGAUGGAUCUCCACUCAUCAUGGAGCAUGGAUAUGAUAUAGCUGUUAAGGUGGACGCCCCGAUGAAGCAGCUCUCAACACUAGAGACGUUCGUCACAUACCGUGUACGUUGCGUGUGUGCACGUUGGCCGACGCCGCCUCACGUGCGCCGGCGAUACAACCACUUUAAGGUGCUCCACCGUCGCCUAACGAACGCCCACGCAUGGCUGGCGCCGCCGCCGUUGCCGCCCCUGCAUUCAGCGCGGCAGCAGCUUGACCGCUAUGAACCAUCGUUUGUGUUGCUCCGCGCAAUGGCGCUUGAUGCUUUCCUUAAUCGCGUCGCGAAACAUCCAAUUCUAACCCAUAGUGACGAUUUCCGCCUUUUUCUCACCACACCGGACGAAGACUUGGACAAGGUAUUCAAAAGUGAAAGCAGCGCCCUCAACUUGUGGGGCUUAAGUUCUUUGUAUACCGGCGGCGAGGCCAAGCCGGCUAAUGGGGCUAGAGUGAAGGAUCCGGAAUUCAGCUCGGCCGGAGACUACUUACAGUCGCUACAACAGAAACUGACGUCGCUCUGCGCUCUCACCACCAAGCUGUACAAGGGAUCAACUUCGCUUGGCACUGAGCUUAUAGGGUUAAAGCGUGCUUGCGACGCGUGGUCCGUCCGCGAGCGCGGCUCCGUGGCCGCCGCCGCGGGCGCGGUGGGCGCGGGCGGCGGCGCGGCGGGCGCGGCGCGGGCGCGCGGGGGGCUGCGCCACCGCGCCGCGCUGCCGCUGCUCGCCGCCUACGCCGCCGCGCAUGCCGACAAGAUACGGCAGAGGGACGCUUUACACGCAACAUUUGUGGCGGGCAACAACUCGGAUGAGCUACAUAACAGGCUGGAACAAGCCUCCGAAGCCAUCCGCUCUGAGCUCUCAGACUGGAUCCCAAAAACCCACUCUGAGAUCAAAGCCCUCCUCCUCGAACUAGCCGACAGGCAGGUAACCCUCCACUCCCAAACCCUCCAGGGCUGGGAGAAUGCCCUCAAACUCUCCACAGAGACCAACCUCGAACAACUCUUCAAGACGGUCUCCAAGACCGCUGUACAGAACCUCAGCCCGUCCAAAUGCAGAUCAGUCACUCCGACAGAAACCGAGAAAGAUUUCGAUGAUAUUGACAUAGAAAAUAUGUCCAAUGAUUCUGAUGAUAAGGAGCAGAUAGCUGCGUCAACGGAGCAUAGCUCCAAAUCCGAUGACAGGAGUGAUCCGCUGCAGGAGUUUUCAGAAGUGAAUUUGUCUUCGUGAUAUGACACUUUGUUUUUGAACGUUGUGAAAGACAUGCAUUGAUUAGGGUUGUAAUCGAAGCAGGUAAAUUAUUGGUAACUUGAAGAGUUCAGGGGAAUAACUAUAGUAUUUAAUCCUGUCACAUCGAAUGAUAAUUUCUAUAACGGUUCCUUUAAAUCUCUUGCUUGGGCUUCAAUUUAAAAUGUAUUAAAGAAAUGUGUUUUUACCGUAUUUUUACCAGCUUUUAUUUAACUUGCUAUGUAAGCAAAGCCCGACCAGAAAUAUAUGACCAUGGUCAAGAGGGCGCUGAAAUUCUGAUUAUUACUAAAAUGUUACAUUUCUAAACAAAUUAAUGUCCUAAACUUCCAAAAAAUGUCUACAAACAUUUUGCGUGAUACUUCAUAUAAAAAGCGGCCAAGUGCGAGUCGGACUCGCGCAUGAAGGGUUCCGUACCAUUUAUGACGUAUUAAAAAAAAUCUACUUACUAGAUCUCGUUCAACAUUUUACCACUUAGGACACACAUUUUACCACUUUGGAAGUGUCUCUUGCGCAAACUAUUCAGUUUAGAAAAAAAUGAUAUUAGAAACCUCAAUAUCAUUUUUGAAGACCUAUCCGUAGAUACCCCACACGUAUGGGUUUGAUGAAAAAAAAAAUUUUUUUUAAUUUUUAUGACGUAAUAAAAAAAAACUACUUACUAGAUCUCGUUCGAACCAAUUUUCGGUGGAAGUUUGCAUGGCAAUGAAUAUCAUAUAUUUUUUUUAGAUUUUUCAUUCUGUUAUUUUAGAAGUUACGGGGGGGGCACACUUUUUACCAGUUUGGAAGUGUCUCUCGCGCAAACUAUUCAGUUUAGAAAAAAAUGAUAUUAGAAACCUCAAUAUCAUUUUUAAAGACCUAUCCAUAGAUACCCCACACGUAUGGGUUUGAUGAAAAAAGAUUUUUUGAGUUUCAGUUCUAAGUAUGGGGAACCCCCAAAAUUUAUUGUUUUUUUUCUAUUUUUGUGUAAACAUCAUAAUGCGGUUCAUAGGAUACAUCUACUUACCAAGUUUGAACAGUAUAGCUUUUAUAGUUUCGGAAAAAAGUGGCUGUGACAGAAUCGGACAGACAGACGGACAUGACGAAUCUAUAAGGGUUCCGUUUUUUGCCAUUUGGCUACGGAACCCUAAAAAGUAAAGGAAAUGGGAAGGAUCAUUCGACGCGUAUAAUAAAUGAUUAAUUUUAUCUCCUAAACCGCAUAUUUUUAAAUUUUAAAUAAAACUUCUAUAUGAUUUUGCUCGUUUUUCCCAUGUACUUCUGUCUAACUUCAUUGUAAUGAUAAUAAAUACUGAAAAAAAUAGCUUUAUAUAAAAUUUAGUUUAGUAGAAUUUCUUAUGUGGCAGAAAUUUCGUAAUGUUAGUUUUUUUUCUGAUACAUUAAUUGCAGGGUAGUUCAAAAUCUUAAUAGCAAAAGUGACUUUUUCAAGGUCACGUAACAAAAUCUGUGAAAUUAAACAUUGUUGACGCGGAAAGACAUCGAAAUUAUUACUGUUUCAAGAAAUGACUUAGAAUGUCAUAAUUAAUGUCAAUUUUAGACUUAUAUUGAGCUGGAUAUGGAUGAUUACCUUUUCUAUUGUUUUCGAGCUCCCGAUAUUUCGACGCAGUUACAUGCAUCUUGUUCACGGUUACCACUGGUCGCGUCCACACUUGUAUACGACUAACAAACGGUCCAAACAGACUACACUCAUUGACACUACGCGUGUUUGAUUCGGAUAUCGUUGGUUUUGUACACAAACUAAUCACAGGAUUCCACACAUUGACAGUCUGCACUUUUUUUUUUAAAUAUCAACGGCUUUUCUUACCAAUCUUGAUAGAAAACAAUACAAAAGGUAAUCACGGUCCAUAUCCCGGUCAAUAUAAGUCUAGUGAAACUAACAGUGAAUCAUACAAAACUGUUAAUGUCAAAUUUCUAUGAAUAUAUGAAAUUUAUAUCCUCCUAAGUCCUGAUGCCCAUUUAAAGGAACAAAUUUAAAUUAUAUAUUGAACAAUAAUGAAAUAAAGGAAGAUUCCAAUUCAAAAAUCACAAAAAUGACUUCUCAGGAUAAUGACACUAUGCAAUACGAUAAUACUUUUUUUUUUUAAAGUUAUGAUCUAAUUCCGGACAGGUAUAUUCUAAGGUGUAUUCGGAUAAUUUCGGAAAUUAGGUACGUAAUCGCGAAAAUCAUUUAAAAUAUUUCGUUGCAACAAGAGUCCCUUUUCAGAAUUAUCCGCCACUUUUUUUUGUUUUACUUUUUCGGAACUACCCGAAAACAUCUUAUUAAAUAAUAGAACGUGACAAGUAGUUUAUAUAGUUAAAUCCUUUGUUUCAAGGAAAUAUCCCCAGUCUUGACCGUAUAGGUAAUACAUCUGUAUUAAAAAAACAACAUUUUGAGGUUAAUAAUGCCCAUUACUAUGCAUCAUAGUAUUCUGUAUAUUGUAUUAUUAAAUAUUAUUAUCUUUAAAACCCCGUAGUCACCCAACUCUCCACUAUUUAAUUGUAUAUAGCAAAUUACGAACCAAAAUCCCACUAUAUAAUCCGAUCCAAUGUAAUAUAAUGUAAGUAAUCCAAUAGCAAAGAGAAUUUGAAAUAUAGGUGGAUUGUCAAAGAAAAAUUUGUAGCCACAGCAAAUUUAUUGCCAUCUUUCGACACAUGAUUAAAACUUUUAGAACGCUAUUUCACUUUGAUUCUUAUUCUUUCACUUAAGUGUGUCAAAAUUGUUAAAUAUCAAAAAGUGGCGCCAUCUAAUAGAUCAAAGGCCAAGGGUAUGGCGACUUCGUUUCGAGCGAUGGCGCUAUAACCUUUAGGUAGUGCUGGGUAAGAUGGCGCCACUUUUUGAUAUUUAACAAAUUGAACACAUAUCGGUGAAAGAAUAAGGAUCUAAGUGAAAUAGCGUUCUAAAAGUUUUAAUUAUGUGUCGUAAGAUGGCAGUACAUGAACGUCGCUACAAAGUUUUCUUUGACAAUACACCUCUUUUUCAGAUUCUUUUUGCCAAUAUUAACUAUCGCUUCAAAAUACAUAAUAUUUACACACAUGAGUGCAAUAAAAACGGGUCACUGUAAGGAUUUUUUUGUCAAAUGGAUUUUUGCAUGUAGCUUUUGAAGUACUUAAAAAUUAGUGAGUCUUGAAAUCUUGCGCAAAGCUCAUUUCUAACACUGUCUUCGUACAGUCCAGUGCAAAAAUGUGUAUCGAAAGAAUCGUCUCAUAAAUAUGGUGAUACGCUCUUAUUACACUGGAAUAAGAUGCUAUGGGACAUAUUUUUGAGUAAGAUACACAUCUUACUCAAAAAUACACCCAUAUUUUUACACUUGACUGUACCUAGUUGAUCUGACUAACCGCGCUAUAGUUCGUGCCAUCCACGAUGACGCGCAGGUUUGUCAAAUCUAACCUUUAACAACAUGAAAUUAUGAGUUAAGGUACGCGUCAUAGUUAAUGACACGAUAAGCACGAAUUUCGUACAUUGACUUACAAUAUACUUUGUAUAAAAAAUAGAUUUGAACACUUCAAACAAUUCUAAGAUAUUCAAAUUAUACACUUUAUUUCAAUGACUUCUUUCUGAUGACAUGAGUGAACACAACUUUUUUGGGUUUUCUUUGCAUGUGCAACGUGUUUUUACCGUGUGUUUAAGGAAACUAAAUGGCAUAGUAUAGAAUUUAAAAUAGAGGCGGAUUGUCAAAGUAAACUUUGUAGCCACAGUAAAUUUACUGCCAUCUUUCGAUACAUGAUUAAAACUUUUAGAACGUCAUUUGACUUUGAUCCUUAUUCAUUAACUGAUAUGUGUCUAUAACAUUUUUGAAGUGAAAACUUCUUUAGCGGCGCU